AUCGCUCCUGUGCUUCUGGAGGAGGCAGGUGCAGGUGGCGGAAGGAGGCGUCGGGAGUGCAAGGACGGCGGCGGUCGCAGGCUGUACCCCACGUCGCGGCAUGGCGGGCUGGUGGUGGGCACUGCCGCGCGCAGCCGGGCGCCACCCGUGGCUCUCGAACGUGCUGCUUUAUGGCGCGCUCUGCUCGGCCGGCGACGCACUGCAGCAGCGGCUGAGCGGUGGCCCCCCCGACUGGCGGCGGACGCGGUGCGUGGCCACCGUGGCCGUGGUUUUCCACGCCAACUACAACUACGUGUGGCAGCGCCUGCUGGAGCGCGCGGUGCCGGGCCGCACGCCGCGCGCCAUCCUGACCAAGGUCCUUUGGGACCAAGCAGUGGGCGCACCAGUGGCCAUUUCGGCUUUCUACACCGGUAUGAGUAUCCUCCAGGGAAAGGAUGACAUAUUUUUGGACCUGAAACAGAAAUUCUGGAAUACAUAUAAGAGUGGUCUGAUGUACUGGCCUUUUGUACAGCUGACCAACUUUAGCCUUGUUCCUGUGCAGUGGAGAACAGCUUACACUGGACUCUUCGGUUUUCUGUGGGUCUCCUUCCUUUGCUAUUCACAGCAGAGUGGCGAUGGCACACUGAAGUCAGCUUUCACCUUCCUUCAUCCAAAGGAGGCCAACCAAGUUGAAAGGCCCUCAGAGAAAUAAGAAAUCAAGGACUCCCUGAAAGUGACAAUAUUUUUCCUGAAAUGCAGUAAAUUGCCUGCUGAUAAAAUUCUCUACUUACCUGCAGUUAUGUGCUCCAUUGAAAGAAUUAUUAUGCCAUAGGCCCCCUUGUUUCUUAAUGAUCAAUAAGUACUUUAAAUUUUAUUUAAAACUUUUUUCCUCAUUCUAGCCUGAAAUUAUUACUUUUCUAAUGUUUUCACUUCUUCAGUACUUUGGUAAAUACCAAUAACAGUGGUUAAAUGACAUUUUGUAAUUAUUACUAUUUCUAAUAUUUUAAGGCCAUUUAAUUAUACUCGAUGCCUUUAAUUAUUAAUGCCACUUAAGGAACCUGUUUUGAUUGUAUACAUCUAUUUUCUAACAUCUCAGGUUAUCCCUAAAUAGUUGGAUCUGAUUACUUUUUAUAUCAAAAUAGUUCUUAAUAGUAAAAUUCUAUUUACAUAGAACUCAAUCAAAGACAAUAUUAAGUAACCAGGUUCCUCCCCACUCCAAUACUAUAUAAUUAUUUUAUGCUGAUACUAAAGUUCUGUAAGUAUAUUUUAUAUCAUAAAAAAGUAGUGUCUGAUUGGUAUAGAAUAUAUUUGAUGUCUUCUAUUGUAA